CGUACUGCUCGACACCCUGGGGACGAGGUUGAUAUCAACCCAGCUACCAUCAAAGCAGCCAUGGAUCUCUUGAACAACGCCCUCAACGAGGAAGGACAGGUGACAAUAGGAGGUCGCACCGUCAAGUACAGUGCCAAGGGUCGAGUACACAGCUUCGAUGAGCUGUGGGUGUAUGACGGUACGGCCUGGGACGUUGCUAGCGAUACCAGCGUGAAGGUGCACCACUUCGAUGAGGCGCAGGACGCCAUCGAUGCAGCAAUGAAGAAGCUUCUGGAUAAGCUGAGGAACGAGGGGCUUUUGAAAGAUGAAAUCUGAUUGGCUGUGGCUGGAAGAGUUUUAAAAUGUAGCCAAUGGACAAACAGGUCACAUCGAGCUAAAACAAAACGGCAAAUCUGAUUGGCUCUCGCCUCCGUGAAUAUUAUAAUGUAGCCAAUAGGCAGGCGCUGAGGGAACCUUGACCAACUAUGCAUUUCUGAUUGGUUAAAAUGGGACUCAUUGGUUAAGAUCACGAUGUGAUUGGCUAUGCACUCAUAAUUUAAGGCAAUUAAGAUAUUCUGGGUUAUGUGAACAAAAGGCCAACAUAUUGGAAAGUCUUUUACCUAUUAAACACAACUAAAAAGUAAAGACAUUUGAGAAAAGGAUGGGCACAACGAAAGUAACAUGUUUACAUUUUGUAACUGGCCGCAAUCCAACGGAUAAUUUAUUUAAUGCGUUAUCUUCGACGUCGAGUUUCUCAGAGGCUUUUGUGCAUGUAAUCUUAAUCAUAUUAAUGUAACUUGUUAAUAUUCUGGAUUAUUAAUACAUUUUUGCAAAAUAAUAGCAUUGUCGCUUGAUUCUGUUGUCGCAGCGCCCUCUGUUGUCUAAACAAGAAUGGUCUGUUACUGUCAUUUGAAAAGUGACCCUAACCCCAUGCCGUCAUACAAUUAUGCCACGCCCCCUCCACCCUCAUCCCCGAUGAAAGUGGCGAGUUGGCUUUCACGUUAUCCACGAUGAAAAAAAUCCGAAAUGAGUUUAUAGUUCCAUUCAAACCCAGAACGUUUCCAUGACGUCACACUUUCACAGACUAGACUUCUGAUUCACUGAGCACAAACCUGAUGACUGACGGGUGCAUAAUUCGUACACAAGAGGGCGCCGUUG